AUGGCUGCUGAAAAUAAUGAAGAUGAGAGAGAACGAGGCAUUCUUCUCUCUCCUCCCUCCAAAAUGUCGAGUCAAAAACAGACGUCCCCUCCAAUUCAGCUGUUCGUCGGAACAUUCGGUCUUUCUGGUCGAAACAUUCGUCAAUCCUUGAGCAAAGUCUUGAGUUGGAAAAAACAUUCGUCAAUCCUUGAGCAACGUCUUGAGUUGGAAACUGGUGACCACGACCGUUGUGCUGUUCUCUUGGUUUUGAAAUCGUUGAGCACGGUCAAAACAGGGGUUGGGGAAGAAGAAAAGUGUGUGGGGUUGACGUCCAGAGAAACAGGGGUUGGAAAUGACUCACGAGGGUUAAAUUGCAAGAACUGUGAAAUGGAUUGCGAAGGACAGAUGACACCGGAAGUAAGGUCGGAGUUGAAACCAAAAUUGGGACUUGAAUUUAAUUGCUGUGACGAUGUGUUCAAUUUCUAUAAUAUGUAUGCUGUGGAAGCCGAAUUUGGCGUUCAGUGUUCUACAACGAGGACGUGCACACUGACAGGAGAGGUAACAAGGAAGGAAUAUGUAUGUUGUAAACAGGGGUAUGCGUUGACAAGCACUAUUAGUCGUAAGAGAAGACGGCGAGGUUGUACUCGAACUGGUUGCAAGGCUAAACUUGAAAUAUUGAAGGUGAAAGACAAGAAUAAGUACAUUGUUGUAGGAUUCAAUGAGGUACACAACCAUGAUAUGAACACAGUUGAUAAAGUCCAUUUAUUGAGAUCUCACCGUAACUUAACAGAGUCUACAAAGGUGUAUAGUGCAGAUAUGAGCAAAGUUAAUAUUCCAGUACAUAAACAGUUAAGCCUUCUUGAGGUGCAAGUAGGGGGAUUAGAAAAUGUUGGGUUUGUUAAGAGAGAUGUCUAUAAUUAUCUAAGGGACGUGCGUGGAGAGGUGAUUGGCCAUGAUGCAGAGCAGCUUAAGGAGCAUUUUAUGGCUAUGCAAGAAAAGAAUGAAUCCUUUUAUUUCAAGAUGGAGGUAGAUUCGGAAGGAAGGAUGAGUAAUGUUUUCUGGUUAGAUGCAAUGUCAAGACGACUUAUGGGUUUUUCUGGAGAUGUGGUGGUAUUUGAUACGACGUUCAACACGAACCGCUAUGGGAUGAUCUUUGCGCCUUUGUUAGGUGUUAAUAACCAUCGGCAGACAGUGUUGUUUGGUUAUGCAUUCCUAACUAGCGAAACCACGGAUUCAUUUGUAUGGUUGUUAGAGGAAUUCAAGAAAGCCAUGCUGGGUGAGCCACCCAAAAUGAUCAUCAUUGAUCAAGAUGCAACCAUGUCAAAGGCAAUUGUUGGUAUGGACAAGAAAAAAGAAUUUGAUGCGAAAUGGGAGGAAAUCAUCACAAACAAUGGGCUGCAAGACCAUGCGUGGCUGAGCUCAAUUCUUGCUAUGCGGGGGAAUUGGGUUGCAUCAUAUGUAAAACAUGUGUUUUCGGCUGGGAUGUCAAGUAGUCAACGGGCCGAAAGCUAUUAUUCAUUUUUCAAACAAUAUAUUAACCGGAAAAACACAUUGAUGGAAUUCAUUGUACAUUUUGAGAGAGCUCUUGCUUCACAAAGACACAAGGAGUUAAUGGUUGAUCAUGUUGAUAACAAUGAAAAACCUCCACUGCCAUUUCAAACACCAAUGCAACAUCAAAUGAGACGCAUUUACACUCGGGAAAUUCUGGAAAUGUUUGAGAGGGAAGACUUCAGAAGUCUUUUAUGCUUGUUCAAACUUGUAGAGCAAGAUGAGACUCAGUGCAGAUACAAAGUAAGUGAGUGGGUAAAUCCGGGGGUGACACGGAUGAAGGAGCUUGUGCAUGAUAAAGAUACCGAUAAAGCUUAUUGCAGCUGCAGAGGAUUUGAAUUUUGGGGUAUUCCGUCACAUCCUAGUUUUCUUAAGAAUGAAGCACAUAUUGAAAAGAUACCGAUAAAGCUAUGA